AUGCCUACCGCCAACGGAAUUAGUAACCCCUGCUUGUACAAAGUCCUUGGAAUUGAACCUGGAGCCUCUGAAGCCGAUAUCAAGAAAGCAUAUCGCCGUCUCGCUCUAAAAUGGCACCCAGACAAAAAUUCUGAGGCAGAUAAAGUGGAGGCUGAGCGAAAGUUCAAGGAAAUUAGCGCAGCCUAUGAGAUUCUAUCUGACAAGGAGAAGCGUAAAAUCUACGACCAAUUUGGUUUUGCUGGUUUGAAGGGUGCUUAUCAAAAUAGCACUGGUUCAGCAGGUUCACGUCCAUCUCCGCGCACUAGUCAGCGCACCUCCUUCGGUCGCCGCAAUACAUAUUCCACUGUCUUUGAUGACGACUUUUUCAAUUUUGUUUUUCGCGAUCCCGAGGAAAUCUUCCGCGAAUUCUUCGACGAGCAACUCAACUUCAUUCGCUCUUUUAUGGAACCUUCUAUCAAUAUUCGUCGAUCUGAAACAACGCGACCUAUGGUGGAACCAUCCGCCCCACGUUACUCCCAUCCUGUUAGGCGGUCGAAUACCCGCUUUGUUGACAGAAAGGACCGCAUUCCUGACGAUCAUAAGCGUAUUUUUACUUCCUUUAUGUCUAAUGCUGGUAGUAUCGUUAGCCCUAAUGACAAGGUUCGUUCACAGAGCUUCUAUUUCUCUCCUUCCUCUCAAAAUGUUGCUGUCCAUUCUCGGUCGUCAACUUUUACGUUUGGUAGCGGCGUUGGAAAUACCCCCAGUAAGGGAACUUUUCGAUCGACUUCCACGAAAUUCCUUGAUGGAAAAUGUGUAACAACUAGGCGAGUUAUACAAGACGGGGUAGAAACGGUUACUGUAGAAGAAGAUGGAGUCAUAAAAUCGAAGACGGUAAAUGGCCAGCGGGUGGCCAUAGCUGGUGCAUGA